GACGUGACGUCAGUUUGUCGAAUAAAAUGCGAAUACGCGCUCUGAGCGACGCUCGAUCCCGUUUCGCGAGGGUAAUGUAAGAACCCCAUGACAGAUUUACCACAUAGCGACAGACGUGCAGAUUUAUCGCUUACUGUCGAGUCUCGAGGCAGCUGAUCAUCUCGUUACGAGGGUUUGGACACGCUUUGAAGUCGGACAGGUAUCGACAGCGAAAAAGCGAUUGAUAAACGGCACGCGCGUCAAGAACUAGCAUUUGCCAUGGAAACCAGUGGCAACAUUUCGGACUUUCUCUAUUCGCUUUCCAAUCCGGUUACGACUAACAGCACCGCGUUCUGCCGAAACUUCAGCGACAGCUCGAGUCUAACGAACCUGAACAGCUCCAGAUGUGACCGAGCCGAGCUGGACAAGAGCUCAACUCCGAUUAUAGUGGCUAUCAUCAUCACCGCUUUAUACUCGAUUGUGUGUGUGCUGGGACUGUUGGGCAACGUGCUGGUCAUGUAUGUGAUUAUCAGAUACACCAAAAUGAAAACUGCGACCAACAUCUACAUCUUCAACCUCGCUUUAGCAGAUGCCUUGGCAACGAGUACUCUCCCAUUCCAGAGUGUAAACUACCUGAUGGGUACAUGGCCUUUCGGAGACGUGCUGUGCAAGAUUGUGCUGUCCAUCGAUUACUACAACAUGUUUACCAGCAUCUUCACCCUCACCACUAUGAGCGUCGACCGUUACAUAGCCGUUUGCCAUCCAGUUAAAGCCUUGGACUUCAGAACCCCUCGAAAUGCCAAGAUUGUCAACGUGUGUAACUGGAUCCUUUCAUCUGCUAUCGGGCUUCCUGUCAUGGUCAUGGCCUCCACCACAUUUGAGUACCACAGCAGUUCGCCUGCUGUCGUUGACUGCACUUUGAUCUUUCCCCAUCCUUCCUGGUACUGGGAGAACCUCCUGAAGAUCUGCGUCUUCAUCUUUGCCUUCAUCAUGCCCGUGCUCAUCAUCACCGUCUGUUACGGCUUGAUGAUCCUACGCCUCAAGAGCGUCCGCAUGCUGUCUGGCUCUAAGGAGAAGGAUCGCAACCUACGCCGCAUCACCCGAAUGGUUCUGGUGGUGGUGGCUGUUUUCAUCGUCUGCUGGACCCCGAUCCACAUCUUUGUAAUCAUCAAGGCCCUGGUGACCAUUCCCAACUCGCUCCUGCAGACCGUCACGUGGCAUUUCUGCAUCGCCCUCGGCUACACCAACAGCUGCCUCAACCCAGUCCUCUACGCCUUUCUGGAUGAGAAUUUCAAGCGCUGUUUCCGGGAGUUCUGCGUUCCCAGUCCCUCCGUGCUCGACCUACAAAAUUCCACACGCACCAGAAACCCCCAGCGCGAGGGCCAGUCCAGCGCCCACACGGUAGACAGGACCAAUCAGCAGGUAUGACUAGUCAUGGAGAUGUCAUCACUGGAGUCCCGCUGCCAGCCCAGUGUUGACAUGAGCUCGGAGGUCACACAAGUCACCACAGGUGUCUGACACCUGCUGCUUAAAAUACCAGUCACUGCUGGUUUGCCUGAACCGCUUUAAGCAUCUUGCUAGCUCUCCCUCAAAGAGCUUUGGUAGGGAGAGAGACUGUUAUUAAUAUAAAUGAUAGAGAACCUUAAACUACAGACUUAGACUUCAGUUAUAUAUAUAUAACACUAAAUGAUAGGCCCUGCAAUAAGCAGAGCUCGCUUUACUGUCUGCAAUGUUCACAGUGAGUGGUAUACACUUGACCAUCUGUAUAAUAUAUAUUCAUUCUCUUAUAGUUGCUUACACUAGCUCCUUUUUUGUAAAUGCCAAUUCAUGUAUUAUACGAAUGAUUGUUUUAUAAGUAAUAGCUUUGUGGGGAGCCAAAACGACCCAGUCAAGAAGAAAAAAAAAUACAUUUUUAAUUCAUGUAUGUAAAUGAUGUAUUUAACGUGUCAUUUAUUCCUAAUCUCCAUCAUUUGAUGUGUUCCCUUCUUCUAAAUAUAUUUAGAUUCCACCUUGCUUGCCAGCAUAGCAGUUUAAUUAGGCUGUCAAUCAAUUCAGUGUUUCUUUGAAGUGGUUAUUAUUCAUCAAAUGACUUUCUCUGAUUUACUGUGGGCUUAAGAACCGCCUUUUGCAACAAUGGAUAAUUUUCAUGCUUCAGUGGUGACAAAUGUUUUGUGCUUGUACUCUGAUGCAGAUUUCUUGUACUAAUGUAAAUGUCUAAUGUAAUUGUCUAAAUGCUACGCACAUUAAGGCAUUGUGUUUCAAAAAAGCAAACUGUUUAUGCAGUAAAACUACUUUAAGCUCUG